CCAACUGUCAGUAUCCAUCAGUGCCACGUGCCACGUGCCAGUGCCCAUCAGUGCCACAUAUCAGUGCAUAUCAGUACCCAUCUGAGCUGCCUUUCAAUGCCACUCAUCAGUGCCAGUCAGUGCCACCUAUCAGUACCAAUCAGUGCCACCUAUCAGUGCUGCCAAUCAGUGCCACCUAUCAGUGUCACCCAUCAGUGCCAGUCAGUGUCGCCUGACAGUGCCGCCUAUCAGUGCCAGUCAGUGCCGCCUAUCAGUGCCAGUCAGUGCCGCCUAUCAGUGCCAGUCAGUGCCGCCUAUCAG